UUUUGAUAUUUUCUUUAUGCUUUUAUAGCUCUAGCAGGAUCGCCGGCCUUAUCCUCGCCCAGCCAGGAUUGAGUGGGUUAAUCUUAACCCUAUCCUAUCCACCACCAAGCAACUUCCAACCUCCGACCUCAACCUCCGACCGACCUCGACCUCGACCUCACCAACUUCCACCUCCCAGUCCCGCCUUGCAUCCAGCUCUAUCUCUCUGCAAUCCUGUUUCUCUCUACCCACCUGCCCAUCGUCCGUUGCCGUUACAGCUGCGAUUGUUGCCGUCGGAAUUUCUUGACUACAUCCCCCCCCACAUCUGCCAGGUGGUGUGUGUUUUUCAGCCAAUUGAGCAAGGGUUUGAAACAACCUCUUUGAAGGAAACUUUUGAACCACCUUAACUGUCUGAACAACACCAAUCACUGCACCCUCCCAAUGGCGCCGUCAUUAUGAACUUCCCCGUACGCUGCUCUGUUUCAUAGGAAGCAAACAAAACAGAAAAGAAAAAAACAACACCGUCCCGCGGAUAUCCAUAGCGAAAGCCCCUGAUAUCUACCGGCUUCGAAAUAUACAAUAUUGGUUUGGAGGCCUACACCGGGGGACAUUCAACAAUAACUAACAUCUCUCGCCUAUCACUUGUUCAUUCCCGCCGAAAGCUUUCCCCCAUUUUGUCAUUAAACUCCCUCCAAUCCGGCGCCAUACAUAGCCUACCCCUCGUUCCCGGACAAAGCCAGCUAUGCCUGGCGCAAGCUUCGAGAAAUCCGUCAAGGGGGCAACAAAGACUAAGAAUGCCGCCCCGAAAUCCAAAUAUAUCGAACAUAUCCUGACCGCAACAUACAGCGAGGCCGGUGUCGCUGAAAUCUUUCGCACGCUCCAGUAUCGCAUCCGUGAUUCAACAUGGACCAUUGUGUACAAAGCCCUCAUCGUGGUGCACAUGAUGAUCCGCGAAGGUUCCGCCGGCGCUGCGCUGAAAUAUCUAGCGCAGCAUCCUAGGCUUCUGAUCGUUACGAGUAUAUCUGAAGUCCAGGCCCAAGGACUGAAUAUAUGGAGAUACUCUGAAUAUCUCAUUUCGCGCGCGAAUGCCUUUGCGGAGACCAAGACAGAUUUCGUACGCGGCGGCGAGGGACGGUUAAAACGACUUACUGUUAGUAAGGGCUUGUUGAGGGAGACGGAGAUUGUGCAGAAGCAGAUACAUGCCCUGGUGAAAUGUGAUCUCUUAAUGGACGAACCGGAUAAUGAGAUUAGUUUAACAGCAUUCCGGUUGCUGACGUUAGACCUCCUAACGCUAUAUUCUGUGAUGAAUGAGGGAACUAUUAAUAUUCUAGAAAAUUACUUUGAAAUGUCGCGACCGGAUACCGAACGUGCUUUAAAGAUAUAUAAACGGUUCAGUGCGCAGACGGAAGACGUAGUGAAAUUUCUACGGAUCGCGCGGCAGUUCGAAAGCGCCACGCGCCUGGCGAUACCGAAUCUAAAGCACGCCUCAACCGACCUAGCCAAGCUUCUUGAAGAUGACCUUAACGAUCCAGAUUUCGACCUGCGCCGGCGGGAAUAUCGUGCGCAAAAGUUUGGCACGAGCAGCGAAGAGAAAGAAAAAGGAGUUGCGAGAAGCAGAUCAGUCUCAGCGCCGCAGAAAUCUAAGCCUGCGCCUGUUUCAGCGCAAACGGCACCACCGAAGCUAGAAGUAAAGAGCUCAGGGCCUAAUCUGAUUGAUUUCUUUGACUCUACCGACCAACCUCAACAGAAGCAGCUGUCCAUGCUGCAGCAAACUCCUCAACAGCAGCAAUUCAAUCCUCUAACUUUGCAGUUCCAGCAGCCACAACAGAUGCAACCGCAACAAUUCCAACAAACGGGCUUCCAACUACAGCAAACUGGGUUUAGCCCGCAGAAUAACUUCCAACAGCCUCAGCAAUUCAUGCAGCAGAUGACAGGCCUGGGCCAGCAGCAGCAGCAAACGGGUUUCGGCGGCCAAUUCGGACAAUCGAAUUCCAACCCCUUUGGGCAAAUGCAACAGCUGCCGCCGACUCAACCUCAACAACAAUUACAACCCCUCCAGCCAACCCAUACUGGCGCCGGAUUCGGCGGCUACACCCCGCAACCACAAUGGAACACCUUCCAAACGGCCCUCCCCAGCAUCCCGCAAAAUGGAAUGGCUUCGUUCCAGCAACCCACGCUUACCGGCGGAGGACGGGCGAACAACCCCUUCCGCCAAUCCAUUCUCCCGCCAGCCUCAUCAGACACCUCCAACUUCUCCCCGCUCAGCCCAGCUUCGUCCAACCCUACGCCCUCCUCCACAAACCCCGCAACCACUCUAACCCGUCAAUCUACAAACCCCUUCGCCAAACGCCUCACAGUGCAAACCCCUCAAUUCACAAAUGGCUACCAAUCCCAAUCCUCAUCGCCUUUUACCUCCCAACCACCCACCGCCCCCCUCCCUGAACUACCAUCCCAAGAACAACAAAACCAACAACCCGCCGCACCCACCCUCCAACCCCAACGAACAGGGAAAAACCCGUUCGCCCGCCCCCAAACAGCACCUGGCCUCCGACCACAACCGCAAACCCAGCCUCAAAUGCCCGGGCAGACGCUCGCGCCGCUCCGGCCCAACCCGACCGGUAGCACGAACCCGUUCCGCCAAAGCGUGUUUAUAAACCAGCAUACGGGGCAGGGGUGGCAGAUGGGCCAGCAGGGGACGAUGGGGGGACUGGAGAAUUUGGAGACAAGGCCGGUGUUUCCAAGGCCGGGACAGCAGAUUGCUUAGCUUUUUUCUUUAUUUCCUUUUCUUGGUAAUGUGUUUGCUCCCUUUGGGUUGUUUUGGGACGGAUGGGGGGUAGGAGGGAGGGGGGAGAGGAGAAUAGGGGAGAAGAUGAAAAGAGUCCUGGUGACCGGGGUACUGCCAAGAAGACACCCGGCCAGCUUGCUGGCUUGUGUGUGUGCACGCGUGAAAUUUUGCUAUCAUUUGCAUCUUUGUUAUCAUUACCAUUAUCAUUCAUUCCUCUGGUAAAAUUAUACCACUCUUGUUCAGCUUCAUUUGUCAUGUUUGUUUCAUUUCAUUUCAUUUCUAGCUCCAGCACCACUUUCAUUAAUCAGUACCUUGUUUCAUUGUCAUAUUUCUUCCCUUUCACCCCCUUUCCUUUGCUGGGUUUUCUUUUCUUUUUCCCUUUCCCAUCCCUCCUUGCUACAUUUUCGUUUUCAUUUCUUCCCUUAAGUGAUUUUUCCCCCUAGAUAUAGUAUUAUAUAUAUCAUCAUCUUCAAUUUUCUAAUUUCUAAUUUUAAAUUUUCAAAUCUGUUCUCUUUCCUUCUUUUCCUUUCUCCAUUUCUUCUUUGCACCGCGUCUUUAUUGAAAAAUUAAAGACAGACAGACAGACAGAUAGAUAAAUAUAGCUAGAAUUAAAAUAAGGCUAAUACAAUUCUUUUGAUUUCUGUGGCAGGCACACGCACACGAAACUGUUGGACGUGUACGGGACAUACAUAAUAUACAUGCUUACAGCCUGAGGCGGAGGUGAAUUUGUUGAAGCAUUAAGGGAUUGGAGAGUCAGUUUUGAUAAUCCGCGAGGGCUUUCGUGGGGAGGAACAUCUCCGGCCCUCAUCUAACUUCUCUUCCUCUUUCAUCCUCCUUGUCCCGCUUUAACGUCCAUGUAGGCUUUGAGUCAAG